ACACACGCUUCAAGUGAUUGUGUCUCGGUGUGAAUGCGUCGGUUUGACAAUGAUGGGUGAAAGUGGGCAGCUCCGGUAAACACCUCCUCAUUCUCUGUGUGUGCAGCAAUCAAACAUCUUAGUCGGGUGAGCAGGUGUUGGAUGAAGUUAUGGGGUAUGAUCUGUUUCAAUGCCGCCAGGUGCUCUGCGCCUUAACCUGACAUGACUCUCGUGUUCAGUUGUGACAUUGGAACAGAGAACAUUUAGUACCUUGAAAAAAAAGCAUCAGCAUUUCAUGAAGUAUAAAUGCUGUUCAGCACUGCUGGUAUUUCAGGGUCGAGGUCAAAGAAGACACGGCUAAGCCAAAGCACUUAUGCUUGUAUUAAAGUAUUACCGUAAAGCUAAAAAAAACAUCUGGUGAAACUGUCCAGCAUUAUGAAACGGUUCUUAAAAUGAUGUCCGGUGAUGAGGUUUAUUAUAACCUUUUUCACCUGCGAUGGGACGGGACAGCACAGCGUCUCAGAUCCCGUAUCGUCUCUGUUUCGGAGAAUACCGUCCUCUGAUUGGUCACGGACAGAUUAGCAGUCAUUAUAUGGUGGCGUGCCGUGGGAGGGAGGGGUCAGCACUUUCUCCUGACUCUCGGCUCAGUCUCUCUGCGCGUCGGACGGAGGCACACUGUCGGCUGUGGUGAGAGAGGGUUGUUGUGUUAUGUCUGGUGAUGGAAUUUGAUUGAUUUGAGUAUGUUGCAUCAUACGUUUCAUUUUGAGGUUACUUUAAUGCAUUUUCCAUCUGAAAAUGUCACGGGGAAAGUGCUCUGGUUGUGCAGAACGAAGUUUAUUGUUACGUAUUUUGAGCUUGUUGAUGUUACUGUUAACCCACCUAAUCGACACACGUUGACUUUAUCUUGUGCAUUAUUUGUUGAUUUCGGGAUCAUAAUUAAUUCAAUUAAAAUGAUCUAUGAUUUCUUUUACAACCAUCUUAUAUCCCUUGUAAUGCCAGAACUUAAAAAAAAAAAAAAAGGUCACGAAAAAAAGUCAUACAAGUGAGUCACUCUCUCUUCCCUGAGGACCUUGAAGCUCAUUCCCUAAUUGUUGCUGCCUCUGUUGUAGAGAAGCUGUGAAGCCCGGCAGCAGCCAGCUGGUGGGUAAAGACCGUCUGGGGCUCAGGCUGAGAGUCUUGGAGACCGGCUCGCACAGACGGAGCAGAGCACAAAGACACAGUCUGGCUCGGUGGACCUGCAUUCUUGUUUUUUUUAGUUUGUUUUUCUGCGGCGUGGCGAUCAUCUGAGCGUGGGAGGGAAAUACGGUCGUGUGAUCCUCGCAGCGGAUGUCACGUCCCUCUGCUGAUUGAGUGCUCAUGUGCAAGUAGCUCGGCUUUCAUCGCGGCACCCUCCGGGCGGAGACGGCGAUGGGAUCUCCCACUUUACAGGAAUGUUUCGCUUGCUCUCGGCCAAUACGUUGGCUGCCACGCCCUCUUCGCCUCAUGAGACCGUUUCGAACAAUCCGCUGUCACCCUGAGACAGCGCCGCCUCACCGGCAAUUCCCUCGCAUCAACGGCCACUCGAAAUCGGAGCGCACCGCCAGGGACUCGGCCAUGGGCUACGACAGCGCCUCAGUGAUGAGCAGCGAGCUGGAGUCCAGCUCAUUCGUUGACAGUGAGGAAGACGAGGAUGCGAGCAGGCUCAGUGGCUCCUCAGAACAAAGUUCUUCCUCGCAGCUGAUGCGCAGACACAAGCGCCGCCGACGGAGGCACAAAGUGGCCAAAAUAGACCGGUCUUCAUCCUUCAGUAGUAUCACAGACUCCACUAUGAGCCUCAACAUCAUCACCGUCACGCUCAACAUGGAGAAAUACAACUUUCUAGGUAUCAGUAUUGUUGGUCAGAGUAAUGACCGAGGAGACGGCGGCAUCUACAUUGGCUCCAUAAUGAAAGGAGGCGCAGUGGCUGCUGAUGGGAGAAUAGAACCAGGAGAUAUGCUCCUUCAGGUGAACGACGUCAACUUUGAGAACAUGAGCAAUGACGACGCAGUGAGGAUCCUCAGAGAGAUCGUUUCCAAAACCGGUCCGAUCAGUCUUACUGUGGCCAAAUGCUGGGACCCGUCUCCACGAAGUUACUUCACCAUCCCUCGAGCUGAGCCAGUGAGACCCAUUGACCCAGCAGCCUGGAUUUCACACACCACCGCCCUGACGGAAACUUACCCCCACUAUGGUAAAAACAACCAGCCGCCACCUCCAACACACUCUAUGAAGCAUCCAUUCUGUGAGUUUGAAGACUUGCCUCUGUCUGCAAGUAAAACAGACAUGGCAACCAUCGUCAAGGUGAUGCAGUUGCCGGACUCUGGCCUGGAGAUUCGAGACAGGAUGUGGUUGAAGAUCACCAUCACCAACGCCAUCAUUGGUGCUGACGUGGUGGACUGGCUUUACUCCAGAGUAGAAGGAUUCAAAGACCGGCGGGAUGCCAGGAAGUACGCCAGCAGUCUGCUGAAACACGGCUACCUGAGACACACCGUCAACAAGAUCACCUUCUCCGAGCAGUGCUACUACACCUUCGGAGACCUCUGCCAAAACAUGGCAUCGCUCAACAUAAACGAGGGCUCCAGCGGCGGCGGCUCGGAGCAGGACACUCUGGCGCCGCUCCCCCCCACCAGCAACCCCUGGCCCCUGGGCGGGCAGCCAUUCCCCUACCCUCCCUUUCCCUCCGCACCCCCCAGCUUCCCCCCAGGAUACUCAGACCCAUGCCACAGUUUCCACAGUGGGAGCGCAGGCAGCCAGCACAGCGAGGGAAGCCGAAGCAGUGGAUCCAACCCCAGCGCAGGCAAAGGUAGACGCUCCUCUCCACAGGAGAAGGGUCAAAGGUCAACAUGCAGCGAAUCAGAGCCCCGCGUUCGUGGAGGGAGGCGCGGUGAAAGGUCCGCCAGCCAAAUGAGCCAUCACAGCCACGCCGUCUCCGGCCACAGCCACGCCGUCUCCGGUCACAGCCACGCCGUCUCCGGUCACAGCCACGCCGUCUCCGGUCACAGCCACGCCGUCUCCGGCCAAGGCCACGCCGGUUCCAGCCAAGGCCACGCCCUCUCCGGCCCAGGCCACGCCCUCUCCGGCCCAGGCCACGCCCGAUCAAACCACAGUCAGUUGCACAGGAGUCACACUCACUCACAGAACAGCCACCCCUCCGUCACCUACAGCCACGCCCCCUUCACCCAGCCGGGGCCGGGCUCAUGUGCCCACAGCGAGCGGAGCCACGCCUCCUCCUACGGCCCCCCGGGCUUGCCUCCCCCGUACUGCCUGGCCCGCCUGGCCCCCAAGGCCUCGGUCGGCAGCGGCACGCCCCCCGGAGCCCCUCCCGGGAGAGAGCUGGCGUCCGUUCCGCCGGAGCUCACCGCCAGCCGCCAGUCCUUCCAGCACGCCAUGGGCAAUCCCUGUGAGUUCUUUGUCGACAUCAUGUGACAGGACAGUGCCUUCGAAAAAAAAACCUCACCAAGCACAAAACUAAUUCUCCUCGGAGCCCACUCGGCCCUCCCUCUCCAUCUUGUUCGCCUUUGAUCGCCUUUGAUCUUCUCGUCUCUAAGGUCACUGACUUACUCCACCUUACUUCCCCGGUGCUCGCUGUCGACCCCUCUGUGGUCCGAGCAAAGGAUAUACAGGCAGCGAGAGCACAACAGGAGGGAGGCCUCUGACACACACACACACACACACACACACCCUCUGUGGCUGGAAACCCUCUCCUGUAUUGACGUGUACAGUUUGUGAAACGUGAGUGUUUUUUCUCGAUGUGGUGAUUCUUUAAAUCGGCAGCGUUUAGUCCACCUGGGAGAUUUUCUCCUCUGCAAGACCUUUUAAGCUGCUGGGCCUGGAUCUCAAUCCCCCAGACCCAGGCCGACCACCUUACAGCCCCGCCCCUACCCGCACUUCGGAACAUUUCUUUGGGCCGAGAACUUGUAAUUGCUUUCCCGACGUUCCACCAAAACCUCCGCCGCUGCUGGCUUCUUCGAGCUCUUACCUGCCAACUACUAAACCGCUAACCUGGAUCCGGUCGCGAUCCGCGGGGUUUCUUCAACUUCAUAAGGGAGGCUCUGCAGCCAGCCAUUGGUUUAACUCUCGGCUGCUUAUUGCAUGACUGUCUCGACUGCUUUAAAGAAGAAGAAAUGUACUGAUACGUUUUGUUUAAAAUAUUACCGUUAUUGGGUGGGAGGCGACGGUUUACCUCUUGCCAAUGUUCUAAAGGAAGAAUCCGUACACUGGAUGAUUUUUGUGAUGUUAUUUAUGUGAUCAUGUUGCGUUAACGGCGUCAUACUUUGUCUACUAAGGCCGACCGACGGACAAUCAGACGCCACCCUUUGUGAAUCGGUGGUCAGUUACCGCUGUCCUAGCUGUGCUCUGUCGAAUGUGUCAUUGUUCCCGUUUGUGAUUGAACCCGCGACAUCCGCACCACUUUUGGUUUGAACCCAUUUUCAAGCGAGCAGAUCGACUCACAGACCGGAUUGCAAACAGUGGACAGGAGCGGAACCCGGGGUUGUCUCCUUCGUUUUAAAAAGUCAGCGCGGUGAUAAAAGCCAAAGCCUCUCGACGUUGCCGUGGAUACGUCUUCUCGAUUGUCGGAGCCGUCCGUGAUGAUUAGCAAUCCGACGCUUCUCACAACUUCAAAGUGACUUCAAGGGGGAUCCCGGCAUUCCGAUUCUGAUCACCUUGCAGAAUAAUGGCCGCCCCUUGUAUCUGCCGAAGAUCCAGUCACAAGAGGGAAACGACGCGCGGAUAUUAGUUUGAUGAGCACUUUUCCAUUUUGUCUCUCCCUCCCUUUUUAGUAUGAAACACUGUUUGCAAUCAAAAGCUUUCUCUUUCAUUUUGUUUCUUGACGACAAAAAAAGAAUAAAUUGUACAUAGAAAUUUAUUAUAUAUAUAAAUAAAACAAAUAAACAUUUCCCCAAUGAUAA